UCUAGAAAAAACUACAAACGUCAGGAGCGAUGAGGUCACGCGACCAGAAGCCACAGUUGCAUCACAUCCGUUUUUACCACCUGACUGACGAAACAUGGUGAAAUGAAAGUAAAAUCUGACGUGUCCUACUGUUGAUAGCUAAUAUUAGGACUCGAGAUCGCUUCUUUUACUCACAACACAGCAUCCAAACCAAGCGAAGGAACCUUACGCCUCCAAACUGGAGCUGUCAUCCAGAUAUCAUGAUGCGUAACAGACAUAGGGGAUCCAAUCUCGGCCUGCUCCUGCUGGCCUCUCAGGUUUUCCAGCUGGGAAUCGACAACAUCCCACCUGUCACUCUUGCAACUUUGGGCCUGAACGUCUAUUUGUUUCUGUUUCCUUUCAAACCCCUCCUACAGACGUGUUUGAGUGUUCGAGAGGCGUACUGGCACAGAGACUGGAGUCGUCUGCUGCUGUCGCCGUUUCAUCAUGCGGAUGACAUGCACUUGUACUUCAACAUGGCCUCACUCCUUUGGAAGGGCAUCAAACUGGAAAGGAAACUGGGAGGCCCCUGGUUUGCGUACCUGCUCUCGGUCUUCUCUGCGCUCACCGGAUUGGUCUACCUGCUCCUGGAGAUGGGUCUGACACACAUGACAGAAGACUCAUCAUAUAGUUUGCAGUGUGCAGUGGGCUUCUCAGGUGUUCUGUUUGGGCUGAAGGUGGUGAAUAAUCAUUAUCAUCCAGGAGGGACCACAUACAUCAUGGGGCUGCCUGUUGCCAGUCGCUACGCCUGCUGGGUAGAGUUGGUCCUCAUCCAUAUCAUGAACCCUGGGACGUCAUUUGUCGGACACCUGGCUGGGAUCCUGGUCGGUCUGCUCUACACAACUGGACCACUAAAGAGCCUCAUGAAAACCUGUGCAGGUUUUGUGUCAUCUAAUGGGCAAUAUGGAUGGCCACGAACAUACUACAAUUCAUCAGGAUACAGUGGAUAUGGAAGGGGGUAUCCACCAAACUCCCAGUAUGGACAGCAGUCGUUUAAUCCCGGGCACUAUGGUGCCCCCUACAGUCAGCCCUCUGCACCGCCCCAGCAUCCAUAUACAGCAGGUCUGUCAGAAGAUGAGCAGUACGAGGCAGCUGUCACGGCCAGCCUGUAUGACCGAGGUGGUUUUACGCAGGCUAGUUCAUCACAUGGCACUUAUGUCCACUCAAACCCAACUCUUGAAGAGAUCCGCCUGCGACGGCUUCAGAGGUUUAACAGAUGAACAAUUGGAGAACGUGACGUAAUGAUAAUACGAACAGAUUUUUCUUUACAUUUAAAAGACAAUACUAACAACCGCUCAGAGCUAGCGGAGAAGAUUCCUCCACUGCUGACUGGGUGCGUCAUUGAAUAGCUUUUAUGAUGUCAUCAGGGGGAGGUUUCAAAGGCCGUUCCCUGUAUUUUUUAUAGCAAAAAGUUUGUAUGCACAUUUGUUUUGGCUUUAAAUGCUGAUCUCUUUAUAUGAACGUUAAAAGUUGAACAUUAAUGAUGUGAACAUUCAUGACAUGGUUGUGGAUGAGAGUGCCUUUUGCAAUAUGUUGAAUGUACAGUAAUUUGAUUUUGUCAGUGUUUGCCAUAAAGUCUUACUAAAUGUAUGUGAAAUCUCUCAACCUUACAGCAACUGGUUUUUUCCAACAUUUCUUCCUAAGUAACUUGUACUUUGUUUCUUAAUAAAGUAUAUUUUUGUAAAUGAACAAUAAAUCAUUCUUAUUCUG